AUGUCGUCCACACCCGUCUUCACUCCAGACGAGCCAGGAGCUCUAGGCCUUGACGAAAUUCUCAAUCAAGUAGCGCAAGAUGACGAAGACGAGUGGGAGUACGAGUAUUCCACAACGGAGACAGAGACAUACUAUCUGACGGUUGAGCUUUCGUACACCGAGUUCAAGGAGCAGUCCAAAAAGAUGCCCCAUCACAGCCGUGGAGGCUACUACAAAAACUGGUUGGAUCAGACACCGGCAGGGCCGAGCAAAAAAGUCACACGAGGCAAAGCGGGCAACGACGGCGACGGCAGCGACGACGAAAACGAAGCCGAGCCUGAUGCCGGAGCGGAUGGCGACGACGACGAAGACGAAGAAGAUGACGACAAUGAGGACGCCGGGCCGCCCCUCGACCCGGGACUUCAAGCGGCAUCCAAGGGCUUGGAGGAUGGAGAGAAGGCCGCGGACAAGCAGGCCACUCCCCGUCGGGCGGGAGACAACGACGACGGCGAAGUCGACGGCGGCGAGGAGGGAGAAUCUUUCGAUGAGAUUCAAGUUCUGGAGCUGCACUCCCACAGACCCGUCAUCUCCUACCGAGGUCGCGUCUUUGAGGGACAGUGGGCCGAGGUGAUUGGAACUGAAGCCAUCUUGACGAAGCACAAGGAGCAAAACCCGCUGCCGGCACUUCGAAAUCUGAAGGAAGGCGUUGAUUUUUUGGCGGCGAGCUCCGCACGGAUCAUGACGACGGAGAAGGUACCCAAGCCGCGAGCCCCCGAACAAGACUCGCUGGCGGCCAUUCGCGAGGAGUGGAACAUCAGGAUCCCGCCGGGCAAGGACAGGACGGGCGAAAGAGCGCAGCAGAUUCGCUUCCUGGAGAAUCUGAUUGCGCUCAAGAUGAAGAGGGAAGACAUGGAUCAGGUGACAGUGUAUGCUACGGAUGGUGACGGCAAAGAUUGGGACGACAAGCAGGGGCCCGAUUUCAAGCCUCGAAUCCGGAGAAAAGCGGCGGCGCGCGAUGACAGCACGCAGAGUGCGAGCGCAGCGAGAGCACGAGGACAAUCGUCCGGUUCGGACCGUCACAGGGCCCGAUCACGUCGACAGGCGCGAGGGGGCCGAGGCGCCUCUGCUGCCGGUAUGGGCAGUACAAGUGCGCUGUCGACGCCGACACCAAGCCGAUGGGACGACCUGCCACAACCAAGCGAGGGACUCGAAGGCGAAGAGGACGACGACGACGAGGGGGGCGAAGAUGCAUCCAUGACGGGCAACGAUUGA